UUAAUACUUGACCACAGCGGUUUGAACCUGAAGAUGACAAUGCACGGUUCAUUAGUCUUAGUUUUGCUUUUGAAUGGAAAACAAGCAGGAUGCAUAAACACCUGUCAAACAACCAUUAAAACCCAACUCGAGUUAAUUUUUUCCCUUUUUUGGACCAUAAUUACAUGCUUUGUUUAUUAUUAUCGUGUCACUGUGAUUACUAGUCUAACUGUUCUGCCUUCAACAUCCUAUUCAGGGUUAACCAUUAAGCACCCUGAUAUACAUACACCAAUAAAGAUCCAAUUUUCAGUUGACACUUUAGAAGUAUAAAGGAACGCUUAGAACUAUCUUGUAAAUACGGCAUAAUGGACUCAAGAUACAGACAUGGCAAAUACAGUAUUGACAGGGAAGUACUGGAUGAGCAGAGACUGGAGGAGUUAACACAAAGAAAACCAUAUGCUGACACUCAACUGUCUGUGGUUGACCAACUAAAAGAUUCCAUGAGGUGUACUCUACCCAGACUGAAAAGAGGUGUGUUGAGCACCUUUCCUGUGUUGUAUUGGCUGCCCAAAUACUCAAUCUGGGAUUAUGGCAUGCCAGAUCUCAUCUCUGGUAUUAGUGUGGGAAUAAUGCAUCUACCACAAGGUAUGGCGUAUGCAUUAUUGGCUUCCCUGCCUCCUGUGUUUGGCCUCUACACUUCCCUCUACCCAGCUCUAGUUUAUUUCUUUUUCGGAACGUCACGUCAUAUUUCCAUAGGUACAUUUGCUGUGCUCAGCAUCAUGGUAGGCAGUGUGACCGAGAGACUUGCUCCAGAUAUUGCUUUCCUUCAAAUGAAUGGGACAAAUAUCACUGUUGAGGUGGACAUAUCUGCACGGGACUCAUACAGGCUGCAGGUGGCGGCUGCUACUACUGUUCUGGCAGGACUUAUUCAGGUUGUGCUGGGUUUUGUCAAGUUUGGUUUUGUGGGAAUGUACUUCUCUGAACCGCUGGUGCGGGCAUACACAACAGCUGCUGCAGCCCAUGCAGUGGCGUCUCAGCUGAAAUACAUCUUUGGAGUGUCGCCAACACGCUUUAAUGGGCCCCUUUCGCUGAUGUAUACCUUAAAGGAUGUUUGCCUCUUGCUGCCACAGACCCAUCUCCCCACGCUGGCCGUCAGCGCCGUGUCCAUGGUUUUUCUGAUUGCGGCAAAAGAGCUCAACUCUUUUCUGAGCCCAAAGCUGCCAGUUCCCAUCCCAGUGGAGCUCAUCACAAUUGUGGCAGCAACUUUGAUAUCAAACUAUGGUCACUUGAACAGUAACUACACGGUCCCAGUUGUAGGGGAAAUUCCGAAUGGCCUGAGUGCACCCAGAGUGCCAGACGUUAGCCUUUUUAGUGAAGUUAUUGGUGAUGCGUUUGCACUGGCCCUCGUUGCCUAUGCCAUAUCCAUUUCACUCGGAAAAACAUUUGCACUCAAGCACGGAUACACAGUGGACAGCAACCAGGAGCUGGUGGCCCUGGGUCUUAGCAAUACGGUGGGGGGCUUCUUCCAGUGCUACGCUGUAUGUGCCUCCAUGUCUCGGAGUCUCAUUCAGGAGAGCACCGGUGGGAAAACACAAAUGGCUGGAAUAGCAUCAGCUGUAAUUGUGUUGGUAACAAUAUUGAAACUUGGCCCCCUUUUCCAGGAGCUUCCAAAGGCUGUCUUGGCAUCUAUUGUCUUUGUAAAUCUGAAGGGUAUGUUCAAGCAGUACUCGGACGUUGUUACUCUCUGGAGGAGCAACAAAACCGAUUUGGUGUUGUGGCUGGUCACAUGGGUGUCCACUCUGCUCUUUAAUUUGGAUCUGGGCCUUGCAGCAUCCCUCAUGUUUGCUUUGCUUACUGUGAUCUUUAGGACGCAGUUGCCAACAUACUCUAUCCUGGGAAACGUUGACGGUUCAGAGCUGUAUGUGGAUAUAGAGACACAUAAAGAGGCAAGAGAGAUUCCAGGUGUUAUGAUAUUCCGCUCAUCUGCUACGGUAUAUUUUGCUAAUGCCGAGCUCUACCUAGGGGCAUUAAAAGAAAAGAGUGGGCUAAACAUUGGCAAAAUGAUUAUCUAUAAGAGGAGACAGGAGGCCAAAGAGAAGCGUAGACAAAAGAGAGCAGAAAGACGGGCAAAGAGACAAGCCAAGAGAGAGAGAUGUGCUGAGCAAGCAACAGUGUUCUCUGUGGAGGAAGAAGCCAAGACGAGAGAGCGCACAGAGAAGGAUGAACAGAACUGGGCCGAGCGAGAAAAUGGCACAGUGUUUGUAAAACCCACUACAUUAGACGAUCAGUGUAGAUGGGAAUAUUUGAAAGGAGUAGAGCCAGACAGCACCAGUUUAGGGUGGUUGUCCGUACAGAUGGACGGGGAUGCCACCACUCUGGGCUCCAGCAGUGAAGACACGCUGAGUCGGGACCUGGAGCGAAUCUCCCUCGGGUCUCUGGGUAAAUGGUCCUGGGACAUCCACUCCAUCAUUCUUGACCUCUCCACGGCUAAUUUCAUCGACACUGUGGCCAUCAAGACCAUGAAAAAUAUUUUUCAAGACUUCAGUGAGAUCGAUGUUGAUGUCUACCUGGCAGGUUGUCAAGCUUCUGUGGUCCAACAACUAGAGCUUGGCCACUUUUUCUCAGAAUCGAUAACAAAGAGGCAUCUCUUUGCAUCUGUGCAUGACGCCGUACUCUUCUGUCUGGACCAUCGUGGAGCAUCCUUAUUCGGCAGAUACGAGCGAUCCCUGGAUAUGGACGGAAGCACCAAACUUUAGGACGUGCAGAAGAUGGAAAAGACCUCCUAAUAUCUGAUGCAACAUUUAGUGCAAGUAUUUGCACGUUUAUUAAACUAAUGCAACACACACCGUAUGGAGCAUACAUCCAUGCGCUUUGAUAAUGUCACUGAUAAAUUCCAAACAGGACACAGAAGGUUGAU